UUGUCGAGUCGACAUUGGAUUAAGUUCUUGAAAAUAGACGAGUGUUAUGCGUCUCAUGCUUGUUUCCUUUACACGAGGGCUGUGAGAGCGAAGGAGGAAUGCUUGUCCGAGAGAUAUUGCCGCUCAUUUUAGGUUUUUCGCAUUUUGUUUUUGGUCACAGCUUUCUAACGUCGUUUUUACUUUUUUUCCAGUUCACUCAGGGAGAGCCCCAGAGUUCAUGUGCGCGGAACGUGGCAGAGAGGGCGGGUGAGAGCUGCCAGCUGGCAUGCCAAUGUAGACCCUACCCUCCCCUGCCGCCCCCACCCCCACCUCCUCCACCCCCCAGACUUCUGGCCUUCACUGUGGCUCCCUCCACAGUGCCUCCCAUGAAGCCGUGGUGGAAGGAGAUCGUGGUGUUGGGGACUGUGGGCUGUGCCUCGGUUGCCUUCCUCCUGUUGAUGGUCAUCAUCUGCUAUAAGGCCAUAAAGAGGAAACCCCUACGGAAGGAGGAGAAUGGAACAAGCCGAGGGGAGUACGCCAUGAGCCUGCGCAGCAAGAAGACGGUGGACACCAACAACACAGGGGUGUAGGAAGUGCCCAGAUAGAAGGAUCACGGCAACCACAACCCCAAACCACUAGAAAUGACAAGAAGCCCUCCUUGACUUUGAGAAGGCAGGGGGGCUGGUAGGAGGGAGAGUAUGAACUUGCAACCCAACAGCAAAUCAUGCUUCAGACCAUUGUGGGACCAUAUGAAAGAGAGCUUGGCCGUAGGUCUGUGAAAGAGAAUGGCAUUGAUAAAUAUAUUAAUCCGGGUUUGGAACUCAGUAGCUGACUCCUUCACACGCAGGGCUUGAGGGCUUAGCACUGGAAGCCUUAACGGGAUGGCUCGUCUAGUGUGGACUCGAUGUCUAGCGGGCACUCGAUAACAGCUGCCAGCACAUUGGCCAAAUCUGUAAGUCCAUACAUCACCUUGGAGACCCCUAAGUGGACAGAAGCGACACGAAAUACAGAGGAUAAAAAAUCGCAUGCACUUUCUGUUGAAUGCAAUGAUUUCUGUCUUUCUCUUUCUGCACUUCCCGCAACCCUCCACAUUUCAUUGUCUUGUCCUCCCCCCCUUCCCCUUCCUCUCCUGCCUCUGAAGGUUCCUUGAUGACGCCUUUUGUUAAUUGACAUUCUACUUGAAACACAAAAUCAUGUUGAUGGACAAGGAUUGCAGUGGUCUGUACACCAAAAUAUGAUGAAAGAAGAACUGUCAUUGUGAAAGGUUCAAUGUAUUGCUUUUGGUCUCUGACUAUGCAAUUUGAAAGGAUAUGAGAUAUGUUCCCAAGGGUUGUUUCCUUAUUAUGAAAAUAGGACAUGAGAGUAUCCA